CAGUAGCCGCGUGUUGCUCCACUCCGCGCUCCUGCAGUCACUCGGCUGUGGACUUACUUCCUGUCUUAUAGGUGGAGAUCAUUCAGGUGGAGCUUGUAGCAGCUUAAUGUUUAUCCGUGAACUGCAGAGAUGGGAGUGAAAGGUCUUCAGGGCUUUGUGGAGAACUGCUGCCCAGAUGUCUGCGUGCCGGUGGACCUGCAGGAGAUGGCGACGAAUUACCGGCAGGCUGGCCACAGCAUGCCCCCCACGCUGGCAGUGGAUGGCAUGGCCUGUCUGAGACACUGGUACAAGUGCCAGGCUUGGGUGCAUGGUGGCCAGUGGAGGGAGUACCUGCAGCACCUGCGUGAGUUUGUGGGCGUGUUCACUGCAACAGGCAUCCGCUUGGUCUUCUUCUUCGAUGGGGUUGUGGAGGAGAGAAAGCGGGCUGAGUGGGUGAAGCGGCGGCUGAGGGUCAACGAUGAGAUUGCUGCUGUCUUCCGCCACAUCCGAGACCAUGGGCGACAGCCAGGCAGGGAGAUGUUUUGCCUCCCCCCAGGGCUGGCCACCUUCUCCCGUGUGGCCCUCAAGUCCCUGGGCCAGGAGACCUGGACAACAGUGUGUGAGGCUGACUAUGAGGUAGCCAGCUAUGCCCAUCACCACGGUUGCAUGGGCAUCCUGGGACAGGACACUGACUUCCUGAUCUUUGACAGUGCUCCCUACCUGUCCAUUGCCAAGCUGCAGCUCAGCAGGAUGACCACUAUACUGUUUUCCAGGGAGAGGCUUUGCAGUACGCUGCGGCUCCACAUCAGUGACCUUCCACUGCUGGCGUGCAUGCUGGGUAACGACGUGGUUCCAGAGCACCGGCUGCAGCGAUUGCGCAGGGACUGCAUAGCAGAGUACUGUAGGACUUCUUCAGGGUCUUUCCCUCAAGCUGAUAAGGUGUUCGCUGUGGCAGAGUUUGUCCGGCAGCAUCGUUCCCACAUCCUCAAGCAGGGGUCCCAAGGGAUUGCCCUGCUUCCUCUCUCAGAUGAAGACCGAGCUAUUCUGGAAGAUGGAGUCCAGUCCUAUGUGCUUCCAGGUCAGGAGUCACCCUGGGUGAACCAUGACCUCCCCUGCUCUACCUCAUCCUUUCUGUUUGAGAGGUACUUGGAUGCGGAUAUACUGAAGGCUUCCAAGGAGAAGCACAUAAACUGUGAGAGCUUCAUGGUUUAUAAUGUGCUGCACGACGGCGUUGUGGAGUGCAGUAAUACCCUGGAGGAUGCAAAAGAUGCAGAGCUCCCACCCCAAGCCAUGCUGUACCGACCAGCGAGAGAACGCAUCUACGGCAUCCUGCUGCCAGUGCAAACACAAGGAAGUAGUGGAUUCACACCCCCCGUGGUCAAAGAAUGGUUUGUCUCCCCCAUGAAUCCAUUGCAAGAGCCAGAUAGAGUGUCUCCAUGCUCUCUCAGUCUACCAGGAGGACAUCCAGAUCUGAAAGUCCUGUGGUUUGGGACAAAGCCAGACGUGAAAGGUCUUCGCAUGUCCACAUUCCUGGCCAUCUUUGACCUGCAGGACUUGGCUGAGACUGGCGACCGCUUGGAUCCGCCACUGAUAGCCGUUGUUUGCCUUGUCACAUAUCUUGCCUUACAAGACAGUCACCUUUGUUUGGAAGAUGUGGAUGCUUUCCUGAGCCAGGCGGUCUGCCUCGGAUUCAAGACAGACGCUGAGCUGCUCCGUACUAAUGUCAGCUAUGUGGACUCCAGAGCUGUCCAGCUUGGGUCCCUAUUCGUGCGGGGGCUGAGCGUCCUUGCUACAGCCAACAGUGCCUGUGGCUACCCCUUUCUGAUGGAUGAUCUGAUGCCAUGGAAGACCUUUGACGGCGUGCUCUUCCAUUCCAAGUACUUGCUCGCCCACUCCGGUAGUCCAGAAGAGGAGCUGCUUGAAGGCGACGCAUCCCAGUUAUCACUCUUCCAGCAUCUGAGGGAGGUAGUUUUGGGGGUUUGCAUGCGACGAGGCAAAGUCAUCCCACCCAGGGCCGAGGCAGCUGUAGCUGCGUCCCUGGGGAAACCAACGGGUGCCGGAGUCAGAAGACCCCAGCUCAUGAAAAGUGCUGGGCAGAAUUGUUCUCCUCCACAAAACAACUGGCCCCAGAUGAGAGGCACCAGAGUCCGCGGGCAAGGCUUUGGCAGCCGGUCAAGACAUCCAAACCGGCAGCGGUAUCGCCUUGCUCCUCGCUGGCUCCAGCAUCAGAAUCCCCAUCCCAAUUGCCCCUGACAUGCAUCCUCGGAUUGAGAAGAAAGGCCCACCGCAGAGGUCCUGGGGAUGAGCUCCGGGAGCCGUAUGCGGAGGAACGACAGCUGCCGUCGCCUGGUCUCGCCUCCCUCCCGUCCACCACCGGUUUAGCUUGCCGCUUCUUGUGGUGAGCUUCUCACAAGAAAGAAGGAAAAAGACACACACACACCCUGCGGGCCAGGGAGUCUGCUCUGAGGAUUGGUUUUUUGCUGACGGACAUUUGUGGCCUCCAAUAGCAUUGCAGCGAUGCUGAGAGUCAUCACAUGCCUCGGUUCCCUUCUUGAAAGAUGAAACAGCAGAGCUGAGCUGGGUAUCAGUCUGAGAGGCAGGAAGGAGACAGUAAUAGAUCAUCAAAAGGAAUUAUAACAGUUGAAGCAAGCACCAGUAUGACUGGAGUUUGUCUUACUUGUGUCCAAAGUCUGCAAGAAACUGGUGCUUGAAACAUAUCAAAAUGAGAAGGGGGACAUUGGGAUACAGAGUGUAGCUUGAGUUACCCUGUAUUCUGGUUGGUUCUGUUUUUUUCUGCAUGGUGUAUUGCUAGAUCUUAAAGAUUUCUAGAAAUCAAAAGAUUUCAAAAGUUCCCAUAAUGUUGUUGUUUGAACACCCAACACCUCCCUUCACACUUAGUGAUUUUUUUUUUUUUUUUUUUUGCAUUUCUGCAUUUU